GUAAAAAAAAAGUUUAAAGGAAAUGCAUCGUGUUCUUUUGGAAAUGUCUUUAGGUUGUUAAAACAUGAAAAUGAAACACUGCUUGACCAGGUGAGAGCACUAACGGAUGAAAAUGGCCGACUCUUCAAACUUCUGAGUGAAAAGGAUUUCGAGAUUAAACACCUGAAAAAGAAAAGAGAAGAAGAAAGACUGGCCUUGGCAGACACAUCAGGCUUUGCAGGAGCUGUCGCUGCCUCCAAGAUUGUUGAGCUUUCCAAGAAGAAUAGAGAACUGACUGCUGAAAUUGAGCGAGAGAAGAUUAAGUCCAAGCAAAGCAGCAACAGAGUCAGAGAUCUUGAGAAAGAGGAAAGUCCAGUGGUCAAAUCUUUGCAGGAAAGACUAGCAGCUGCUCAGCUGAAAGUGGCUGAAUAUCGUAAUCAGAUUCAAUCCACCAAACAGGAGUUGAAAGUUGCUCAGAAGGUAAUAAUCAGUGAGGUUGGAGAGGAAGUCAACCUCCAGCAGUUACUGAGCUGCCCUGGGAGCUUUAGAGGGCGAUCCCAGCAGAUACUGGUUCUCCAAACAAGAGUUAAAGAUCUUGAGCAGCAGCUCCACCAGACAACUCAGCACAGACAGUCAAGUGUCCUUAAUGUGGAGGAAGAGCUUCUGGGCACUGGUGUCCACCAGAAAACUCCUCCCAGAGACAGAAACCUCAGCCACAUCCGCACGAUUGAGAAAGGGAAGAGAGAGGCGUUUGAGAGGAUCUCGGCAGAAUACGAAGCGCUGCUGAGAGAACACGAGGACGUGAAGAAAAGGCUGGAGGCCACCAAAGCCAGGAGCAGAACUCAGUCUAAUGAAAUACAAACGCUGAAGGUCCGGAUCGCCACCUUGUCAGAGAAGAAAAAACAUGAUGCUGAGCUUUUGGAUACCAUGUUGGGGCAACAAAGCCAGAUGCAGACUGUUCUGAAAGAACUCAGGCAACAGCAGAAAGAGCACAAACACAAACCGAGGCAACAGCUGAGCUGCGAACCUUCAGAACAGAACAAACUGAUCCUGAAGCUGAAGCAGGUGGUUGCUGAAAAAGAGGCCAAAAUCAACGAGCUGCAGAAAAGACAGCAACUCUCCAACAAGGAGGAUUGCAUGAGCGGACAAAGCCCCACAGCAGCAAGCUGCAGUUCAAGAUUCUCACCAGAAGAGGGAGACAGAAACAAGAGAAUCACGUCUUCAGAUUCAGUCUCUAAAUAUGGUCAUAAAUUGGUGAUGCCUAAAGUGGGGAGUGCUUUAGAUAACACCCGGAGUUCUUCAAAUUGUCCACAAUGUUCUGCUGAUGUGAGUGCGCUGAUGACCCAGAGUAGUGAAUAUAAAAGCCUCAGUGUGGAAAAGGACAGACUCCUUGAGCUGGUUCAAGUCCUACAGAUAAAGGAAAAAGAGGUGAACCAGAAAUGUUUGGAGGUGCAGAAAAAGUAUCAAGAGGAGUGCUACAGGACCAUGAUUCUGGAGCAGGAGUUGGAGAGGAUGAAAGUGGAUUGA